CCCAGAGCCAUCAAAGAAGGCACAGCAAUGGUGCUGAGCUGUGAGUGAUCGCCGCUUUAAUGAUGAGAUUGACAAACUGACAGGAUACAAGACGAAGUCACUCUUGUGCAUGCCCAUAAGAAACAGUGAUGGAGAGAUUAUCGGUGUUGCCCAAGCAAUAAACAAGACCCCUGGAGGUGCCCCUUUUUCUGAUGAUGAUGAAAAAGUGAUGCAGAUGUAUCUUCCAUUCUGUGGAAUUGCCAUAUCCAAUGCCCAGCUAUUUGCAGCUUCAAGGAAGGAGUAUGACAGAAGCAGGGCUUUAUUGGAAGUAGUGAAUGACCUCUUUGAGGAACAGACUGACUUAGAGAAAAUUGUCAAAAAGAUUAUGCAUCGGGCUCAGACUCUGCUGAAGUGUGAACGGUGCUCAGUAUUACUUCUGGAAGAUAUUGAAUCACCAGUGGUGAAAUUUACAAAAUCUUUUGAGUUGUUGUCUCCAAAAUGCAGUGCUGAUACUGACAACAGUUUCAAAGACAGCGUGGAGAAAUCAUCAUCUUAUUCUGACUGGCUAAUAAAUAAUAGCAUUGCUGAACUCGUGGCUUCCACGGGUCUCCCGGUGAACAUCAGUGAUGCCUAUCAGGACCCUCGCUUUGACGCUGAAGCUGACCAGAUUUCUGGCUUUCAUAUACGGUCUGUUCUGUGUGUUCCUAUAUGGAAUAGCAACCACCAAAUAAUUGGUGUAGCUCAAGUGUUGAACAGGCUUGAUGGGAAACCCUUUGACGAUGCUGACCAGCGACUCUUUGAAGCUUUUGUUAUUUUUUGUGGCCUGGGCAUCAACAACACAAUUAUGUAUGACCAAGUGAAGAAAUCCUGGGCAAAACAGUCUGUGGCUCUUGACGUGUUAUCUUAUCAUGCAACAUGUUCGAAGGCAGAAGUUGAUAAAUUUAAGGCUGCAAACAUCCCUCUGGUGUCAGAGCUUGGCAUUGAUGAUAUCCAUUUUGAUGACUUCUCACUUGAUGUGGAUGCCAUGAUUACUGCAGCCCUGCGGAUGUUCAUGGAACUUGGAAUGGUUCAGAAAUUUAAAAUUGACUAUGAGACACUGUGUAGGUGGCUUUUGACAGUUAGGAAGAAUUAUCGAAUGGUUUUGUAUCAUAACUGGAGGCAUGCUUUCAACGUCUGCCAGCUAAUGUUUGCCAUGUUAACUACUGCAGGAUUUCAGGAGAUUCUAACUGAAAUUGAAAUUUUAGCUUUGAUUGUGGGAUGCUUAUGUCACGACCUUGAUCACAGGGGAACCAACAAUGCCUUCCAAGCCAAGAGUGGAUCAGCCUUAGCUCAGCUCUACGGCACCUCUGCUACCUUGGAGCACCACCAUUUCAAUCAUGCUGUCAUGAUUCUCCAAAGUGAGGGUCACAACAUCUUUGCUAACUUGUCCUCUAAGGACUACAGUGACCUUAUGCAGCUUCUAAAGCAAUCGAUAUUGGCAACAGACCUCACUCUGUAUUUUGAGAGAAGGACCGAGUUUUUUGAACUUGUCAGUAAAGGUGGUUAUGAUUGGAAUAUAAAAAACCACCGAGAAAUAUUUCGAUCAAUGCUAAUGACAGCCUGUGACCUUGGAGCUGUGACCAAACCGUGGGAGAUUUCAAGACAGGCAGCUGAGCUGGUAACCAGUGAGUUCUUUGAACAAGGGGACAGAGAAAGAUCUGAACUCAAACUCACCCCUUCAGCCAUUUUUGAUCGGAACAGGAAAGAUGAACUACCCAGGUUGCAGCUCGAGUGGAUUGAUAGCAUCUGCAUGCCACUGUAUGAGUGUCUAGUGAAGUUGAAUGUGAAACUGAAGCCUAUGCUGGACUCUGUGGCAGUAAAUAGAGGUAAAUGGGAGGAGCUGCACCAAAAAAGACUUCCUACUCAGGCGGCAUCCUCAUCAUCCUUUUCCUCUAGCUUUCCUAUGUCGCUCAAAGACAUAAAUUAAGCCUGCAAAUGUCAGUGUCGCUUUACGAUAAGAGCUGUCUGAAAGGUUUUCGUAAGCUUAGGCCCACCAUUUUUUUUAAGAAAUGCUUUCACAGACAUGCUUAAUUGAGUGGAUAUUAUCUUGAUGGCGGCAUAGUUUGCUUUUACUGGGAGGCUUAGUGGGACUGAAAGGAAGGCCUGCGGUGAGACUGCGCUGAUAUCUGGAGCGACACAGAAGACUUAGCACGAGAAGUAUUCAUUCAGCUCCACUACAUUUCAACUGCUGCUGUAAAAAUCUGUAAAGCUGACAACAGACUGAAAUAUAAGAACUUACAGCUUAAUAAAAUUAAUAAUACAGAGCAGAACUGGGAUGCAAGCUGGUCAAUUCAUAUUCAAGGAGCUGCAGGAAAACAGAAUAGUAUGUAAUUACAUUGUUGUUUUGCAUCUCUUCACUACAUGUUAUGAAUCAAUUAUGCCUGCUUUUGUGAUGUUCCUCUCUCACUCUUCCCUCCUCUUUUAUGCCUGAAUGUUCUGAAAAGCCUGCUUUGUAUUCUAAAGAAGUAUUUUUUUACAACAAAGCUUCUUAGUGAUUGAUCAGGGCCUUUAGAAUUGCCUACCUUUGCUACAUUUAAAAACAAACUUUAUUAUCUUUAAAAACACCAACCUGUCCCUGCUUCCCUGAGAAAUUUGUAUUAACAAUGCAGUAAAUUUCUCAGCAAGGGGAAGUUUGCGUAAAGGCAAAAUAUUGCAUGGUAAUUUUAGAGUUGGGUUUUUUUUUUUCUUUUAAAAAAUGCUCUUUUAACACAUUCAAUUUUUUUAAAAUUUCAGUGUCCCCUAAGGAAAAGUUUAAUGGCUUUAAUGAAAAUAGAAUACAAAUAAAAAAGAAAAUCUGUUGCUUUGUGCUUCAGGUUUAUAUUACAGUGAAAAGUGGACUAUGGAUAAGCCUUUCCAGUAUAAUUUCCAGUUGUAAUUAAUAUUUUGAAAUGGUGGAGAGGAAGAAUAUCAUCAUACUGGACUGACUACCUCUUACUUCUCUUGCAGUUCUUUCAGUACAAUUUGAGAUGCUACCAUUACAGCCACCACAGCACUAGUCAAGGCUCACAUGUCUGUGGUAAAGGCGUUCAUAAAAAUCUAAUCAAACAUGAUAGGUCACAAACCCAAACAUGUCUACAUGUCUAGUUCUUUGUGAUGACAGUACUGUUACCUGAAAGUUGGUCUCUUUCCAUUAGUGCAAAGAUCACUAGUGUAGCAAAACUGUGAUCUAUGAUUUGAGGGUGCUUUCUCUGCUGCAUGACCGGACACAAGAGGAGUCAUGUUGCAGCGCUUACAAGUUCCCAUUCAUAGGCUUUUUUUGCCUUUGUACUCCAUGAAAAAUGGGAUUCUAAAUAUAGGGUUGUCUGGCAGCAGAAAUUAAAGCUGAAUUCAGCUUAGUUUUACACCUGUGCCAAACUCCAUUUACUUCAGUGGAAUUACCUUGAACUGGCACCAGUUUAAUGGAAAUCAGAACCUAGCCCAGCUGACCAGAUGCUAAAAAGAGCUUUCCUCCCUUCUAAGGAAAGUGAGUCGUUAGCGCCUUUGAAAAGCUGACUACAUCUGUCUGACAAUCAAACAGAAACAACAAAUCUGCUGAUCACUUCUUAAAAAAAAAAACGCAACAAAACAAAAACCCUCUGUGCUAUAAUCAUGUGUAUAGGAGAAGAGCUGGAAAUUUCAGUACCAUUGCAAGCCAUUCUGUUAGUAUGCAACCGAACCACAUCACUUUCUCUAGCAGAAAGAAGCAGGGAAGAGCAGCAAUGCAGACUGCACAGCAGUGAAUACAUGCACCAAAUGGAAAUGUUUCUGCUAUUAUUUUACCACUUCUUUCUUCCCUGAAUAAAGACAGAUGCAGGAUAGUAAGCAGCAAGCCACGCAAAACUUACAUGAUAUACUUUAUGGGAGAAACAGGUAUUAGGAACUGACAUAGUACUGCUGGCAGGUACACACAGCUUUCCUGAAUUUUGAUAUUGCAUAUUGCUAAGUAUAACGUAAUUUAUAGCGCAUACCCUACAGCUUCCCCCAAGGUUGAGUCUUCCCUCUUUUCCUCUCCUUUUUAUUGGCUUCAGUGCGCUGUUGCCCAUGGCAACACCCACCGGCAGGGACGGGGAUUCAGCACCACCGCAACCUGACAUACAGCUGAAGCUCUAACAAUGUCAACCAUCAAUCAAGUGACUGUUUGUAAUUGCCUCCAUCUAUUUCUCCUGUCUUUCUGUAUCUUUGCUUUUGUGGGUCAAAAUUCAGAAAGUGCUGACUAAUGUUAUGGUUCUGUUCCUCCAUCACAAGGAAGAAAAUGAGAGAGCAUGGCUAGAUCUUUAUCAAAUUGUUCUCAGGCAAAAUGAAGCAACCCUCCUGAAACCAGGGGGGCACAGUAGUGCAUCUCAGAACAGCAUUUGGUCUCUGAAAGUGAUAUAGCUCAACCUUAAACAAACAAACAAACAAACAAAUAAAAAUCUUACACUUUUUUAACAUUUAGCUUAGGAAUCAGCAAAAGACUUGCAUUUUUGAGAAAAAGAAGAUUCUUUGUGGAAGCAUGCAGUACAGUAAAGAAACAUAUUCCAAGCUUCUCAUAUUUAAAAUGGUGGAAAACAGUUUUUAGCUAGUGCUUACAAGGUUGAUAGACAGAAAUUGUAUCUGCUUUUCAUUAUUUCUGAUGAGGAAGCAUUUUCCCAGUACUUAAGUCAGUUUUGCCAGACUCUUCCAAGAUGCGCACAGGAGAGAUGACUGUGUGUAUGUUAUUAAAUGGGCAUUCUCCCUCUUUAAAUUGUUUCCCUGCCCACUGCACAAGGAGAGAUCAAAACCCAUUGAAAUCACCUUAGUUCUGUGAGCAUGUAUAAAAUACACGUCUACAAGAGACAAGGACAAAUUAGAGGGCAUGUGGAGAAGAGGACAGAGAACCCACUGUUACCCAGGACAUUGAUAGUAAAGCGCUGCUUGGCCUUUCCCUGGAGAGGCCAAACUCAUCUGGUCUGCCUCAGCAACAGAAAAGUCAUCACUUGUUUUCCUUAGUUGUCAGUGGAAAUUUGGCCUUGAAUGAGGGCUGUAGCAUUUAUAAUUCCAGUGCUAAAAUGUGCUGAGCACAUCCAUAGGGUCACAGGGGUUUGAUUCUCCCCCAAAGGCUCUUCAGGCUGGUUCAACAGCAAUGCCUUUUUUCUAGGUGUCCUACUGACUAGUACUAACCACGUCCUGAAUUCAGGCAGGUUUCUUGUCUCAUGAAUUACAGGCCAUGAGGUCUCACAGGAGCUAGCCAGCAGCCCUCACUUCAUCAGCAGAAAAUGCUCAGGAGAAGACCACAGUCUUCAUCCCCAUCCUCAGAGAUAGUUCAGGCUACACAAUAAUUCUACUCAGGAUUCCCACCUGUAAGACUGCUUACCAAAAUCAACCUUUCCUCACCAAAACAACAA